CCGGAUACAAACAUGGCGACGAUGGCGGAGAAGUCGACGAAAGAGCGGCUGCUGUCUGUGUUGGAUGAUUUGGAGGUUUUAUCCCGGGAGCUGAUAGAGAUGUUGGCUCUGUCCAGGAGCCAGAAACUGCCCCAGCCGGGGGAAGACUCUCAGAUCCUGGAGCUGCUGGUGCAGAGGGACAGGGAGUUCCAGGAGCUGAUGGAGGUGGCUCAGCAGCAGGGGAAGGUGCACCAGGAGAUGCAGCUGCUGGAGAAGGAGGUGGAGAAGAGAGACAGCGACAUCCAGCAGCUCCAGAAGCAGCUGAAGGAGGCCGAACACAUCCUGGCCACUGCUGUUUACCAGGCAAAAGAGAAACUCAAAUCCAUUGAUAAAGCCAGGAAAGGAAGCAUCUCAUCAGAAGAAAUCAUCAAAUAUGCUCACAGAAUCAGUGCCAGUAACGCUGUGUGUGCUCCUCUCAACUGGGUGCCAGGUGAUCCACGCCGACCUUACCCUACUGACCUGGAAAUGCGCAGCGGGAUGCUGGGUCACAUGGCCAACCUGCCGACCAAUGGUGUGAACGGACAUCUGCCAGGUGACGCUCUGGCUGCUGGAAGGUUACCAGAUGUCCUGACGCCUCACUACCCCUGGCAGUCCUCGGACGUCUCAGUGGGGAUGCUACCUCCUCACCACGGGAACGACUUUGGCCUGGAACCUCCGGGUCACAACAAGGAGAACGAGGACGACGUGGAGGCCAUGUCGACCGAUUCCUCCAGCAGCAGCAGUGAUUCUGACUAAAAAACAGAGAAUGUGUGAGAGGUCACCACUGAGCAAGAUCUGAUUGAACAUCUUCACCUCUGGUCAUUUAAAAUUUUCCUGAUUUAAGACUCAGGAGGACCAGAGGUUUGUGUGUGACUUGCAGUACAUGUCAUCCAUAAUCAAUACGUCGUCUGUCGCUACACUUUGUCAGAGAAGUUUCAUCCUUUAUUUUAAUUUUGUUGAAUGGGUCAGUUUGGAAGAACAGCAGUUAGUUUCCCCACACGGACUCUUUCCUUCAUUUCAAAGAAGGACAAAUUGUGGUUUAACAGCUUUUGUCUGGACUUUAAAUAACAGCAUCGAUCUCUUGAGUCACUUUCUGUGGAUCCUGUUAAACUCUGGAUUAUUGUUUCAUCACUUUGUAGAAAAACAGACUGUAUUGUGAGGCUUGGGGCCUGAAGGGCGUUAUCAUCGUCAGCUCUGUAAGUGAGUGGUUGUUCAUAAAGCUGCCUGUUCCCUCUGUGAUGUUCUGGGUUGGUGAUGAUGUAUGAGGAAGGUGUGAGGGAGGGUGUCAGGGUUAUAAUUGUUUAAAGGAAUAGUUCCACAUGUUGUUUCUGAGAGUUAGAAGACUGAAACCACUGUCAGUAAAUAUGAAGCCGCAGCCAGUUUGCUUAGCAUAAAGACUAAAAACAGUGUGAAACAGUUAGGCCUGCAGCUAAUGAUUAUUUAGAGUAUGGAUUUAUCUGUCAGUGAUUUUCUUGUCUAGUCAAUUAUUCUGGAAAAAAAUGGCCGCCACUGUUUCCCGCAGAGUGAGUUAAUGUCAUCAAAUAGUCAGAGACAUUCGGUUUAUUAUCCUGUGGAACCAGUGAAUGUUGAAAAAUGUUAAAAUAGCUUCUGAUGAACUGUUUCCACUUCUCAAACCUCGACCUCUAAAACUCACUGAUGAAUGUGUUCAUCUGUGAUACUAUCAUAGGAUUAAUCUAAUACACUUUAAAAACCACAGACUGGAUCGAAAAGAGAAACCAAACCCAACCUUACCUCUCAGCUCUCCGUGCAUGUGUGUGACGUCAGGGCUCAUUUUUGUUGAUCGCAGUUUCAAUGUUCUUAUUGUUGUGUAAUAACAACAUGGACAGAUGCUGUUAAUUUACCUCUGUGUAAAUAAUCUUGUACAUACACACUCCUGUAAAU